CCUGUCCCGGCUCUGUCACCUCACAGUUGUCGUUGCCGGCGGCGAGCGCGGGGGCGCGAGCAACGCAGGGCUGCCUCUCUUCCGCCCCUCAGGCCUGGCCCGGGCUCGCUGUCCCCCGCUCCCCACCCCGUCGGGUACGGGAAGGUCGGAGCCGCUGCCGGGUGCCCGAAGGACGUCGUGGCCGCCGCCGCCACGGGUCCUGAUGGAGCCGCCGCAUCUCUAUCCGGUGAUGCUCUACGUGUACGACCUGUCUAAGGGCUUGGCCCGGCGGCUCAGCCCCAUCAUGCUGGGGAAACAGCUGGAAGGCAUCUGGCAUACCUCCAUAGUGGUGCACAGGGAUGAAUUCUUCUUCGGCAGUGGCGGCAUCUCCAGCUGUCCCCCGGGCGGGACAUUGCUUGGGCCCCCAGACUCAGUGGUGGAUGUGGGGAGCACAGAAGUCACCGAAGAAAUCUUCCUGGAGUACCUGUCUUCCCUGGGAGAGUCUCUGUUCCGAGGGGAGGCUUAUAACCUCUUUGAACACAACUGCAACACCUUCAGCAAUGAAGUGGCACAGUUCCUGACCGGGAGAAAGAUCCCAUCGUACAUCACUGACCUUCCCUCCGAAGUCCUCUCCACGCCCUUUGGACAGGCGCUACGGCCCCUCCUGGACUCCAUCCAGAUCCAGCCGCCCGGCGGGAACAACGUGGGCAGACCCACUGGCCAGAGCUAACAGGACUGCAGGCUGCCCCGCCUCACCAGGGCUUUUCCUCUUUAAACAAAACAAACCCGACCAGAUUUUCUGUUUUAUAAUUUUACAUCAGAGCUAGCCACCAGGGGCUGGCUUUCCCAGUCUCCCAGGGAAGGAGCACGUCCCGCUGCAUGUAGGCCGGCGCUGCUCAGAAACAGAACAAAACGCCACCCCACCCGCCUACUAGUAUUACAGGACUUUAUGAAGGCUGUCCUGUCUGUGCGUUCACUUCUGACGCUGCUUGGUGAGCGGCCUCCACGUGGAGAAGGGAGGGGGUUGCUGAAGCAGGAAGUGAGAGACCAGGGUUGGGGGAGUCUCCAGCUAGAACCUCUUCCCAGAGAAGGCCCCGGCUCCCUCCACCCAGGUGUUGAGGCCCAGGUGAGUUUUACAGCCCGCCCUGCCCCCAGCCCUGAAGGAGCUCCAGUGUGAAAUGAACCAAAGUUUGGGGAGCCCUAGGAGUAGGCUCAGGAAGACUGACCCAACCUAGUGAGCUCCUUAGCCACCACACCUCCCUCUCCUCCCUGUCCCAGGCCCUGGGAGACCCAGCCAGAACAUAGGGCAGGGGCAGCCAGAAGCUUCCAGAACAAGGGAGAGCCACAGCAUGUCAGGCCAGAGAAAACAGGAUAAAGCCAUUCAUUCCUCCUUCCACCGCGAGUGAUGGCCAGGCCUCUGAGGCAGGGCUAGAAAACUGCCUUGCUGCCCAUGGGGCCGCGCUUUCUCUGUUUAACUGACCUAUCAGAGCAAUGAAGGUUGGCACUGGGGGUAGAACCCCAGACCUUUGUCUGCAAAUAAUAAGAGAGCUUAUUUGUAGCCCCUUCCUCCACCUUCCACCCCCCACCCCCCACAUCUGCAGUAUUAGGCAGGGAACCGAGCACCGUGUCUGCACUAGGAAGGUGCUCAGCUGUCACAUAGGCUCGAAGCGUGGAGGUCGGAGUUGUCUCCUGAUCCUCAGUGUGCUGAAGACACACAUUACUUCCGUUGUGAUUCUCCCGUGGAGGGGACAAGGUGGAGGUGCAGGUGGGCACCUUCUCAAUGACCUUGUGCUAGGAAUUCUAAGAGCAGGGAGCAGGCUGGGACACUCUGAUCUGUCCUGUGAGCCUCCCCUACAUUUGAUUUUGGGGAGUCUUGUGUUGGCAUUCUUGGGCCACACACAUCCCCUCCUGCCACAGUUCCCCUGCCCCCCAGACUCUGUGAUGUCGCUACUCCCUGGGGGCUCUGGCCUGCAGCUGGGGCCUUUCCUUGCCUCCCACCAUGCAGUUGGCAUGACCAUGACCAGCUAGAAGAGAGGUGCUACCUGCCUCCUACUGACGUGGGACCUGGUCAGGGCCCUGUCAGUGAUGACCAAGUGACAAGGUCAAGUGACAUUUGGGGACUUUCAGGUUGAGGCUUUUCUAGACCCCCUUCAUUUGCCAGUGUGCUUGGUGACACUAUAUUAGAGCAGACAGGGACCAAGCAGGUGGUCAGUGUGGCCCUGCGAGUGCGAUUGAGCCUGAGGGGCAUGGGCUCUAGAGGCCGGGUCUCCCUGAGAGAAAUGGGCCCAGACCCUCACUCGGCUUCCUGACUUCAUAACCUUCCCAGGGGAGCUCCAGCUUGCCCAGCCCCGCCCUCUCCCUCUCUCACCCCAGAGAGUCCCCAGCUUCAGGCUCUUCUCGCCCAGGGCUGUCUGGAGAAGCUCACCUGGGCGGGUCCUUGAGGGAAGCUGGGCCACUUGUUUGUUGAACAGCCCCUUUGUGCCCAGCCCCCAGCAGCUGUGCCAAUGCCUGGGCCCGGGGACUUGUGGGGAGAGGGGGGGGAGGGGAGAGCAUGGGCAGUCUGUUUUAUCAGAACUGUGCAGAAAGGGAAGCUUUCCCUUGACCAUGCCCCCCCCCCAGCUCCAUCAUUACCUUGGGAGCUCAGGACCCCAGCCCCAUCCUCCCAUUUCUCAGCCCACCCCAGACCUCAGGAGCCUGCUCUCCCGUGUGGCCAGCCCCUUCUCAGAGGGCGUGUGCAGGCGAGCCAGUGGGCAGUGACUAAGUGACUGAUCGAGGAGGAGGAACAACCCCCACACAGGGCCAGGGGCCACAGGAACCAGGAAGGAGGGGGGAGGAGACUGUCCCCUCCCAGGAAUGAAGGUCGUACCUUUGAAAUUCCUUUAUGUCCUUGAAGUCCAGCUAAUAACGGUGUCUACAUGCAGGUGUGUACUGGAACUUGUUGAUGUUUUUCUAAUGCAAUAAACUCAUCUCUGCCUGCUG